AUGCGUAGUGACGACACUGCCAGCAACACAUACAAGGACCGUUCUGGACCGCCCAAAGCGUUCGAGAAUCCAGACAUCGUCGCUGCCAACCCGCUGCGUCCGCGUCUGCCCCUCUGCCUUCUGGAGUCUGGAGUCUGGAGUCUGGAUGCGGCAAGAUGCGGGUUUCAAUUUGCACUUGCGCAGCCCGGCAAAUUCCCGCAACCUACGAAACAGUUGACUGUUUCCCGAUUUGCCACUCCACAGCAACACGACUGUAUGUCAUCGAGAUCCCUGCCCUUGGCUGACGAACGAGCCACUGGGAACAAUCACAACACGAUGCGGAAGAAGUCCCGACAUUUCCCUCUCCUUCCUCAGGCUCCUACUGCCCCGUAUGGACACCCAUCUUAUUGCACACUCUCAGCUUCAUGCUCGGACAUUCUCCUCCGGCCAAAGGUAACUGCUUGUCCUGCAGGAAGGGCGAUGCUCCACGCUGCGUCUCAUGUGAUGCCACAAUGGCGGCAUGGACCAGCUUUGCCCCUUGAACGGACGAAUACGAUGCGAGAAAAAGACCGAUGCAUUUCCCAACAGAGCAAGUACUUUCUUACGGGAGAGCAUCAGGCGAAUCUGUUCGUACCGUUUUACCUCGCCAUCAACUCGGUUGACAGAAUACGUGCAUCACAACAUGCGGAAUUUUUGCUGAGCCGCGUCGCACAUCAUAUCCACUCCUUCAGAUCUUUGCCUACACCAGUUUUUGAUCUCGUGCCCCUCGUCGCGACGUUUGCCUCCUCCCGGUUUGCUUGUACCGUACCUCCAUUGUCCGACACUCCGAAUCCGAAAACAUCCCACGGGAACUACGUCACAACAAUGACAUCUCGAAAACCCCGUCAGUUAUUGCUUUCGCCAUGCAUCUUGUACCUGAAGCAAUCAAGCCACCACCGCGGACCUUGAGAAACCCGAUUAUUACCCCUCUUCUGCCCCUCGGCUGGGCACGUCUCAUUCCUAGACACUCCUACAUAUCCGCAUUCCACUCAAUAAGGUAAGGCCAUUUUACCUCAAUCAGCGGGGCCUAGCGUCGUCAGGACAUGAGCCUCGGAGUAACCUGUGGCCCCGCCGCCGCUCUGGAGCUAUGCCGUCAAGCUUUUGUUGGGCUUG